AUGGCAAGACGACUGUUGCUUGAUAGAAGUCUCUCGGAUGAUUUGGAGAGGAUGAUGAUUAGCAAGCUCAAGACGGAAUGCGGCUAUCAGUUCACUCUGAGACUCGAGAAUAUGUACCGCGACAAAGAGCUAUGGUCUACUCACGCUGCUGCUUUCAGAGAAGUUAAAGAGGCCUUACCCGGUGAAAAUGUGAUCGACAUCUCAGUACGUGUACUGACAGCUGGUGUUUGGCCUACUCAAAGUGCUCCUGUUUGUAUCUUACCUCCAGUUUGUGAGAACGCAUUCAAUGUGAGUUCUUAUUUAUAA